AUGAGUUAUUUUAUUUUCCUUUUUUUGGUUAUAUUGGUGUUAGGGUUUUUGGGUGUGGCUUCUAAUCCUGCCCCUUAUUUUGCUGCCUUAGGGUUGGUGUUGGCGGCUGCUGGGGGUUGUGGGGUUUUAGCUGGGUAUGGUGGGUCGUUUAUUUCUUUAGUAUUGUUUCUUAUUUAUUUGGGUGGUAUGUUAGUUGUAUUUGCAUAUUCUGCUGCUCUUGCUGCUGAGCCAUACCCAGAGUCAUGAGGGGACUGGUCUGUUUUGGGGUAUGUGGUUGGUUAUAUUUUUCUUUGUAUUUUAGGUAUUGGUGUAUUUUAUGUGGAGUGAUUUGAUUGUUAUUGUGGAAUUGUUGAUGAAUAUCGGGAUUUUUCAGUGUUGCGUGGGGAUUUCAGUGGUGUUUCUUUUAUUUAUUAUUUGGGAGGAGCUAUAUUAAUUGUUUGUGGGUGAGCUUUAUUACUUACUCUUUUUGUUGUUCUUGAGUUAACUCGUGGUCGUAGUCGUGGGGCUUUGCGAGCAAUUUAG